GGGAAGAUUGGUCGAACAUGAUCUGACCUGCUGUGCAUCUUUCAGACUAGCUUGUUGCCUGUUCACUAUGCGAUCUCUCCAGUGAUUCUUUGUGGCUGGUCUAACAGAGCAUGGCGAGCAAGGAGGUAAAGGCUGCCUUGAAGGCUGCCCGGGAGGCCCUUGAUAAGAAAGAAUACCAGGAUGUCCUGAAACACUGCAAGGUGGUGCUGCGGGCGGAUAAGAACAAUUACAUGGCAUUGAUAUUCAUCGGUGUAGCUACUUCCGAACUGCAGCAGCUGGAUCAGGCGUAUGCAGCCUUCACCAAGGCAACAAAUUCCAAUCCAGAACUACCCCUGGCAUGGCAGGGCCUGGCUGACUUCUGUGUCAAGCAAAAAGAUCCCAAGUACUACAAGGAUCUGACGCUGUGUUACGAACGACUAGCCAGGAUCAACGAAAGCAAGGAUCCUGGCAAGUUUUGUGACUUCUCUGUGAAACAUGGUGAUGCCUGGUUACAACGAGAACAACCACUGCAGGCCUUAGCCGCAUGGCAAGCAGCAUUGGAGAGGAUGGCAGAUUUGCCAGCCGAGGUGGUGGAUGCAAAGCGUCCGGUUCUGUGCCAGAAAGUGUCGAGUGUCAUCACAAGUCAGUUGUCCGUGGAAUACGAGUAUAUCGAUCAGCUACGCUCAGCCAGGCUUGGGGAUGCGAAUGCAGCGAAGAGCUUCAUAUUGUACCUGUUCCGAGUGCUGCAGAUCAGUGAUGAUGAUGAAAUCAAUGAGCACAGAGUGGUGAUUGAGCAGUCAAUCGUCACCGAGUGUCAAGAAAUGCGUCAGGUUCACCACGAUGACACCUUCUGCAGGGAACUCCUCUGCUUACUCCAACUGGUGCAAGUUUAUGUGUAUGAGCAGCCAAUGGCUGAGGAGUGCAGUGCAAUUCGAGACGAACUAGCUGCACUGGCUGAGGACAGUGCAGUGCUGCAGUUUGUCAUUGCACACAACUGUGUUAUGCAGAAUCAGCUUCAAGAAGCCAGAGAAGCUAUGGAGAGAGGAUUGCUACUGCGCUCAAGUUGUCCUCUGGCAUGGCUCAUGUCAGGUAGCCUUCUCUUGCGCCUGCAUGCUUACAACGACGCGUGCCACUCAGCCAGACAAGGCUUGUGUAAUCUUGACACACCGCAGACUAGGGAAUAUCUGCUCAGUCCCUCAAGGAUGAAGAUCGCUCUGCAAUUCUGCAAUGUCAAAGGCUUGCUAAGCGAAGAUGAAGAGAAGUACGAAGAGGCCAUCAGCAUCUGCAUGGAGCUCUGUAAGCAGGGCUGUACUGGUGCGGAUGUUGAGCUUCUUCUAGCCCAAGCAUACAUGCUGAAUGGAGACGUGACGCAGGCUGCGGAUAUCAGUGACACUCUGCUACGGCAGGACCGCAGCAACCACCGUGCACUGUGCAUCCAGGCAUGUACCGAGGCAGCACAGGAACAUCUGAGAUCGGCAGAGGAGAGUAUUUCAGAGGCAAUUGACCUGUGCCCAACGAUAUCUGAAUACCACCUCCAGCUUGGACGCAUCCUGUGGCAGUGCCAUGAGAUCGAGAAGAAAUCUCUGGCUAGCGCUCACUUCAUGCAGGCUGCCAAGCUGGACCCACAAGACAGCAGACCUUUCUACGAGAUUGGUGUAUUCUUUGCCGACCUGGAGAAGAAUACCAGCAAAGCACAGCGAUGCUUUCAGAAAGCUGUUGACCUGAACAGCGGCAACCUGAAGGCGGUGAUACGGCUGGGAGAAUGCCUGCAGCAGCAGGGCAAUCUGAGUGAAGCCAUGGAGCUGUACCAGAAGCUUACUAUCAGUAUGCCGUCCAGCCAAGCUCACGUUGCAUGGUCUCAUCUGGGUGCGUUGCAACUGGACACUGGGCAUUCCCAAGACGCUAUUGCCAGCCUGCAGACUGCACUGCGUUCACAACCACGUGAAGGGUCGACAUGGGAAGCUCUGGGAACUGCGUACUUGAAUCGCGGUAGCUACUCCUCAGCACUGAAAGCUUUUCUACGUUCAGUUCAGCUGUCGUCCAGUGUGUAUGGCUUGUGCAAAAUAGCGGACAUCAAGAGCAGACUUGGUUUGAACAGCGAAGCAAUAGUUGAUUAUCGCCGUCUUCUGGAGAUGAACGACACAUACCUGCCAGGGUUGAAAGGCUUGGCUGACUCCUUCCUCUGCCUUGCCAAGGACUGCAUGGCCAAGAACUUUGACAAGACGGCCGUCGACUGUGUGAGUGAAGUGCUGGCCGCCAUUGCUCGUGCUGCUGCCAUCAACCCAAGACUGAUGUGCUUGUGGAAGUUGAUGGGCGACGCUUGCAUGCUGCUGGUGCCACUACCCACCGAUGUGCUGCAAGGGCUAUGUAUUCCUUCCAUGUUCUCCCAACUUCAACAUCCAUCUAGCAGAAUGGAUCUGCUCUUGUUAGCAAGCCGAGCAUAUGCGCAAUGUCAGCAAGUGUGUCCUGAUUCGGAGUACAUGCAUUGGGUAUGGCAUGACAUUGCUGUCAACUGCUAUGAGCAGAUGAAGGAUGAGGCUCGAGACCAAAACCGAGAGAAGUUAGCACAGCAGUCUCUUGAGGCUAUUCAGACUGCGAUCCGCUUGCGCCCGGAUGAUUGCUCUCACUGGAGGACGCUGGGAGUGCUUUGUACUCAUCAAGCGAUCAACCGACUGGCUUUGGCACAGCAUGCAUUAAUCAAGGCACUGCAACUUCAGCCCGAUGAUGCGAUGACGUGGUCCAGCCUCGGCUCUCUCUACAUUUCCCAAAAUAACAUCGAGCUGGCUCACAAGGCGUUUGCGAAGGCACAGGCUGUCGACCCAGAGUGUAUCAGUGGCUGGCUGGGCCAGGCUAUGGUUGCGGAGUUGAUGCAGCAUGACGAAACCCAGGAUCUCUACCAUCAUGCAUCAGACCUUGGCUACCAUGAGCAAGCUGCUCUUGGACUGGGCCAUUGGGUGUGUUCUAACCUGCUAACUAGCAAUGCAGCAGACAGUCAUAACCGUGAGGGUGCUGACAGCACCGAUGGGGAAGAAACAGAACAGCAGCAGCAGCAGCAGCAGCAGCAGCGAGUGCCCAUUGCCACGCAGGACUUGGUCUUGGACCUGAUGGAGAAAGUCUCACGCCGUCAUCCGGACAGCAAUGCUGCUCUGUCCAUGCUCGGCUUGAUGCUAGAGAGACGCAAGCUCUUCUCCUUGGCUGAACAGGCCCACGGCAUGGUUUGCGCGAACCUUGCCGACUCGACUCUAUCAGAUCAGCUUGACACUGACACGGCCAUCGCUAAUCACGCCAGGGCGCUGUGUUUGUGUGGACGUUAUGCUGAGUCCAUGGCCAAGUUCUCCAAUGUUGCUAAUCCGCGGCAAGAAGACUUCUGCUGGUGGGCAUUAGCUGCUUUCCAUGACCGUACUGCUUUACAACAUGGUCUGUGCAUACAGCUGUUUGAGAAAGCGCUCCAGCUGGCAACGCAUCCCAGAGACAUGUCUGCAAUACUGACUGCUGCAGCCAUGGCUGCUUACCAGGGUGGUGACUUGGAGAUGUGCAGGAAAUACUUGAUGAGCAGCUCUCAAGUGCAACCCGAGUCGGCAGUGUGCCAGCAGGGUCUAUGCACCCUGACUGGCCUGGCUGUUCUGCUCAAGGAUAUGACGCUGGCAACCGCAGCAUUGGUGGAGCUGAGGAAGGCAAACAUGACCGAUGUGACAAUGAUAGCAACACGGGCGUAUAUUGAGUCUGUCUACGUGAUGAUUUUGGGUGAAGCUGACAGCGGUUGUCGGAAAUGGAUGAAGGAGAUUCACAGAUCUCCAUCAGAUGGGGAACUCUGGAGUGGCCUUGGAAGGUAUAUGAUGCAAUCUAGAACAUCCAUCUCCAAGUGUCAUCACAUCACCGCCACUGCCGCGCGCAUCAAGCCGUCACUAGCAUCGUCCACGCAGCUCAUCUCAUCUCUCAGUCAGCUUAGCCUGGGCGUGGAUAGUAGGGCAGCCUUGCGCACGGCGCAGAAAGCCGUGUUCUCGUGUCCAACGUCGUGCUACGCCUGGGCGGCACUGGCAGCCUGUCUCGGUGCUCGAGCUGGUGCUAGUGUGGAUGGAGACAACCAGCAACAGCAGCAGCAACCGCAGCAACAGCAGCAGACAGCUGUGGCGGCUGCAGCAGCAGCAUCUUCUGGUGAUCCUUACUGGGAUGACAGCGAAGGCGGUGGUGGUGCUGCUGCUGCUGAGAAUGUGAAGGUGGACACUGGUAAUGUGCCGCACAAUGCUGAGGGGAAACUUGCUGAUAGGACUCCGUUAAUUGCAAUGUGCUACGUGAAGGUGAAAGCCAUUGUCCAGCAGGUCCAGCAGCAGGACAAGCAGCAUGCUGAUAUAGGUAGCUGUAUGAAUGUGGAGCACACACAACUCAGAUCAGCACAGGAGCUAGCUGCCUGGAUGCUGGUCUACUAUCACUUCGUUCAGAUGCGAGCCAGCGGAGCUAACAUGCAAGCAGAGGAGGCAACGUUCCUGUCCACGUUACCGUUGGCUGAGCGAGUGGAAUUGCGCCUGCGCUUGAUCUCCCUGCUGUCCGGAGCAAGUCAACUCAUGGCGUCGGGACCGUUGAACGCAGCGCAGACUGCAGCGGUGCGGCAAGUGGUGGUGGCUAACGCUGACAGCCACAUGGCCUGGCAGUGCCUUGCUUUCUGUUAUAACCUGGCUGGCUCACCGAUUGCAGCAGAGGUAUGUCUUCGCCAGGCCAUUGUGGCAGCAGCUCAAAGCGGGACUAGCAGCGCUGUGAUAAUGCUGCGCCUCGUCCUGCUUGGUCUGCAGCAGUGCACUAUGGGCAGUGACAGUGAGCGGUGGAUGGCCUUAGCACAGGAAGCUUUACGAGAGGCACAACGGUCACCGCAGCAAUCCAUUGCACCUCAUCUGCUUCACAGCAUGGUCAUCUUUCACUAUGGAAACGCCAAAUUUGCCGGUAGACUGUUGAACGGCCUGCUCACACGCUCUGAAGGUACCGGCGUGUACCACCUGGUCCAGUACUAUGCCCUCCGUGCACAGCUCAAGCUGAAGAACUAUGAUACUGCUAAGGCACUGCUAAAGGACAUGGAGCGAGCUGGUUCGCCGUUCCACAUGACCGCCUUCCAGAUGUUCCAGUCUCUCAGCUGAGCCUACCCUACAGUGCCCCGCACAGUUUAAUGUGCUUCACCAAUUCCCACUGGUCCUAUUUUCAGAGUGCGAGUUUCUUUGAGAUGCAUGAUUGUGUUUGGAAAGUUGUGUCGUUUAGGAACUUUUAACGCUCAUUCAUACGCCAUUGAUUUAUUGUGAACGAUUAGUGUAUUUGAUAUGUGCACACGAACACAUUGCAACAGUGGACUCCAGUGUGAAAUUGUACAUGCACUUGAACGACCACCUCAGAGCCUCAAAGCCUCUACUAUCAGUUUUGA